UGAUUUACAAGUAAUAAAAACAUUGGUAAACUCAAGAAUAAUAUUUUUUGCGUCUAGACAGAUGGAAAAAUAUGUUUAAGACAAAGUAUGAGAAUUCUUAGUAGGAGUAUUCUACGCUAUAAAUAUGGGCCGAUAGAGACUAUAUUUUUAUUCCGGACAAGAACUCUGGACUGUUUCGACGCUUGGAAGUAAGAGCCACAAUGGGGCUACUUGCAGCUAUUACUGUGGGUGUAGUAGGUGGAGUUGCCAUAUAUGGCACUGGAGGAUUACUCACGCCAUGGGUUGCACCAAUGCUGGGCUUUGGCUCCGGAGGCAUUGCAGCGGGAAGCACAGCCGCUGCAGCGCAAGCAUACGUCGGAAAUGUUGCAGCUGGCAGCAUCCUUGCCAAAAUGACAUCUGCUGCAAUGUUGGCACCGACUCCGUAAUUGGAUUUCAAUAUAAUUUUGUAACUCUGUUACAAUUUGAUACUUGGAAAUAAAAGAAUAUUAGAUGUGAAA